GAAUAAGUGAAGGGGUCUGAAUGCUUUCCGACUGCACUGUAUCUCCCAUACUCCUCCCUGACUCUACCGCAUUCUUCUCUCUCUCUCCCUGCCCAGUGGUUACAUCCUGAUUUGGGGAGGGCAGUGCCAGUGAGGUAUGCUGGAGAGGUCCUUUGUGUGUCAGCCAGCAGGAUGAGUGUGUCUGACGGUGUGGUAGGAGCAGCCAUCCUGGAUGUAGAUCAACAACAACAACAGCAGCCGCAGGCCGUCUUCCUCCAGAUCUACCCACGUCUGUCCCAGGACACAGCAGCAUGUUGUACCCUCCAGGUCAGCCCAGGGGCCACGACGGCCACGGUUAUCCAGAAAGCAGGGGCCACUCUGGGCCUGGACAUGGCCAGGCCGUACGCCCUGCUAGAAGUCAGGCAGGCUGAAGGGGAGGAGAGGAGGCUAGGGGACACUGAGAUGCCUGUGGAGAGGGUGAUGCUUUGGCCCCCAGGGGCCAGAGAACGGCAUCCCCAGGAGAAGGGGUAUUACUUCAUCCUCCAAGCCCAGGGAGGUGAAGGGGCUCUGGGGUCAGGGAGGGGCGGUGGUGGGGUACCUUCACUAGAGGACUAUGAUGACCUGUGCUGCCUCUCCACCCUGACUGAGGACACUAUCCUGGCCGCCUUGCGCCUGCGCUUCUACAAACACAACAUCUACACGUACGCUAGGGGCAUCCUGGUGGCAAUUAACCCCUUCAAGUUCCUGCCCAUCUACAACCCCAAGUACAUCACGAUGUACAACAACCAGCCACUUGGGAAAUUAAGCCCUCAUAUCUUUGCAAUGGCGGACGUGGCGUACCACACCAUGCUGAAGCAGCAGAUGAACCAGUGUGUGGUGAUAUCAGGGGAGAGCGGAUCAGGGAAGACCCAGAGCACCAAUUUCCUGAUUCACUGUCUGACGGCGUUGAGUCAGAAGGGCUACAGCAGCGGGGUGGAGGGGACCAUACUGGGAGCUGGGCCUGUGCUGGAGGCGUUUGGCAAUGCAAAGACUGCACAGAACAACAACUCCAGCCGCUUUGGGAAGUUCAUCCGGGUCAACUAUCUGGAGAGUGGGUCGGUGAGAGGGGCAGUAGUUGAGAAGUACUUGCUGGAAAAGUGUCGACUGGUGUUCAGAGCUAAGAGUGAAAGGAACUACCACGUGUUCUACUACCUGCUGGUGGGAGCGUCCAAGGAGGAGCAGAGAGAGUUCAGUCUGCUGCAGCCUGAAGACUACACAUACCUACAACAGGAGAACUUUCAUUUAGAAGACGCUGAGGAUCUCAGACAUGAGUUCAAGAGGCUUCAUCAGGCCAUGGAGAUGGUGGGAUUCCUGCCCUCCACUAAAAAACAGAUAUUUUCCAUGCUCUCUGCCAUCCUGUAUCUGGGCAACGUGACCUACACCCAAUCAGAAGAUGGCCAGGAGCUGGAGGCGGGGCCAGCAGACGUCCUCUCAACCCUGUCUGACCUGCUCAAGGUUAAACAGGAGUUGCUGGGGGAGGCUUUGACCAAGAGGAAACAAAAAACUGCCAAUGACAAACUAGUUUUACACUACACUCUCAAAGAGGCUGUGACAGCGCGGGACUCCAUGGCCAUGUCUCUGUACAGCUCUCUGUUUGACUGGAUCGUCCUGCACAUCAACCACGCUCUACUCAACAGACGAGACAUGGAGGAGGCCGUCUCUUGUUUGUCCAUAGGUAUCCUGGAUAUAUUUGGUUUUGAGGAUUUCCAGACAAAUAGCUUUGAACAGUUCUGCAUCAACUACGCCAACGAGAAACUACAGUAUUACUUCAACCAGCACAUCUUCAACCUGGAGCAGAAGGAGUACCAGGCAGAGGGGAUCAGCUGGAGCACCAUAGACUACACUGACAACCUGGGCUGUAUCCAUCUGAUCAGCCAGAAACCCACUGGGCUGUUCCACCUACUUGAUGAGGAGAGCAAUCUCCCUCAGGCCACGGAUGACACUCUGCUGGACAAGUUCAAGCAGCAGCAUCAAGACAACCCGUACUUCGUCCCCACCACAGUGAAGUUACCAGCCUUCGUCAUCCAACACUUCGCUGGGACGGUCAAAUACCAGAUCAAGGAUUUCCGGAAGAAGAACACGGAACACAUGCGUCCGGACAUCGUGGCGUUGCUACGUAGCAGCGAGCGGGCAUUCAUGCGUCAGCUGAUUGGGUCAGACCCAGUGGCUGUGUUCCGAUGGGGCAUCCUCCGGGCCACCAUACGCAUCAUAGCGGCCUUCAACAAGGCCGGAAGCCGCCGGGCAGUCACAGGUCUGGCGAAACGCACCUCCAGUCACUCUAUAGGGGAACUGAAUAGGAGACCGAGCUCAGCUCUGCAGAGACUGUCCAGCCACAGCUCCCUACUGGACUUCUCGUUCGAUCGGUCCGAUGACAAUCCUCUGGAGGUGUUCGAGGACGUCUUUGCCAACUACGAGAAAAGGAAGAAGAGCAAGGCGAGCAAGCACAAGCAGGUCAUUCCUAAGAAUCUGAUGAACUCUCGGUCCCUGAAGCACAUCGUAGGCCUGACGCUCCAUCACAGCACCUCCCGCUCUCUGCUCCACCCACACCAGAGGAAGAAACCACCCAGCAUCAGCGCUCAGUUCCAGGCGUCUCUCAAUAAGCUGCUGGAGACUGUGGGAAAAGCAGAGCCUUUCUUCAUCCGCUGUAUCCGCUCCAAUGCUGAGAAGAAGGAGAUGCUGUUUGACAAUGCUCUGGUGCAACAGCAGCUGAGGUACACAGGCAUGUUGGAGACGGUACGCAUCCAGAAGUCUGGCUACAACGCCAAGUUCACCUUCAAGGAGUUCUUAGAGCAGUUCAAAGUGCUGCUGCCUAAAGAACCAACCACAGCACCAGAGAACAUAGCUAAUCUGCUGCAGAAGAUGGGCCUAGGACCGAGCACAUACCAGAUUGGGAAAACCAAGGUGUUCCUGAAGGGGAGGGAGAAGCAGCAUCUCCAGGACACCCUGAACAAGGAAGUGAUGCGUCACAUCAUCAUCCUGCAGCGCUGGUUCAGGGCCUGUCUCAUCAGGAACCACUUCCUCUACAAGAAAGACGCCGCCAUCAGAAUACAGCGAUGUUGGCGGGCGUUCCGGGCGGACAACAGAUGCCGUGCGGCCACAGUGAUCCAGGCAGCGUGGCGAGGCUCUCAGAAGAGGACAGACUACCUGAGAAAGAGGAACAGCAUCAAGAAGAUGCAGACACUGAUCAGGAACAAACAAGGUCGAAACGGCUCAAAGGCUGAGGGAGAGAAGCCCUCGCCUCCCCAGCUCCCUUCCAAGCCCCAGUCCAAGCCCCAGCCCAAGCCCCAGUCCAAGCCCAAGCUACCACCCAAGCUCCAGACCCUGCACCAGAGAAGCCUGGAGAGGAAGGAGCUGACGAGGCAGCACAGUUUGGAACACAGCCCCAAUAGGAGCCCCAAACCAGGCCCAGAGGUUAGCAGACAGGAAGCCACCCAGAGGAACACUGAGUCGGAGAAGAGAGAGGGUAGAGGCUCUCCGCCUCCUCUCAACAUACCUCUCUCCCUUCCCCUGGACCCCAAGGCUGGCAGGGACGGAGAAGGGGCGUUAACCAGCCUGUCCCACUACACACGCAACCUGGAGCGCUACUCCCACAUGGAGGACAUCAAGGAGCAUGCAAAGAGGUGGAAGAGCAGGAGGGAGGGAGGACAUCCGGAAGACUCCAACCCUGAGAUCCAGCGGCCCAGGGAUAAACGCAUGGAGGGAUUGCUGCAGAACCAAUGGAAGUCUAUCUCGCUGGACAACGUGUCCAAGUUCAGCUCCUCAGGGUCAGGCUCAGACAGCUCUUCCUCCAUUACUGAGAAAUCUUCAGAUAUUACCACGGAUGUGGGACGGUUCAGCCUCCCAGCCAUGAAGACAAAUGAGAGCUCAAUCAUCAAAGACUGCAGCCAAUCCCAGCCGACCACACCUGAGAAGCUUGGCUUUUUCAGUAAGAUUAUGAAGAAAUGGCCCAAUAAAGACUCUCAGCCACCUGAGUAUGGGAAGCUGACUAAUGAGAAUACACAAUCUGAAAAAGGAGCCAUCUCUGCCUCCUCCCCGUACUCCUACUCCUUGUCGAGCGAGGGCAGCGGGCGGCGUCGUAACCCCACCGUCGGGAUCAGCAGAGCCACUCGAGUCUCUGAGCAGUGGAAUGCUUCUCUGGAACGGGAGAUCACUGACACCAACGAGCUCCAACACCUGGACGAGUUCCUGGGGAACCAGGUAAAUGAGCUGCGUACAAGGGCAAAGGAGCUGUCAGCGACAGAGAGCAUCUUUCUCACAGCCACCAUGCAGUUCAGAGAGACCAUCAAGGGCAUGUACUCCGUCUCGAAGCCCCACAUCAGCUACAAGGGCUUGUUGAAGGGCUACCAGAACCGGGUGUCCAGUCUUGCCGAAGCCAAGCAGCAGACUGAGGUCAAGUCGGUGGUCAACUUGUUCCAGUCCGUCCUGGAUGGCUUCAUACGGGGAGAGAUCAAACGAGCGGAGGCUGGGCCGGUCAAGACCCUGAAAAAGACAAAGAGAGGGAAAAAGAGCAAAUGUCCCAACAGCCCUCUAGAUCACAUGUUCAGCACGUACCAGGUGAACAUCAUGCAGUCCUGUGACCUGUGUGGUUCCUACAUCUGGGGCAUGGAGAAGGCCUACAUGUGCAGCGCUUGCAAAUUGAUAUGUCACAAGAAAUGCCUCUCCAAAAUCAUCAACGCUUGCUCAACACGAUGCGCCAGGCUGAACGAUGGGGUACCUGGCCAUCUGCACUUUGGGGUACAGGUGUGUGUUCUGACCAGUAAGACCUACCCAAUCCCAAUGGUGGUACAGAUUAUGCUGGAGCAUGUGGAGCUGAACGGUCUGUACACAGAGGGCAUCUACCGCAAGUCUGGCUCUGCCUGCCACGCCAGGGAACUGCACCAGCUACUGGGGACCAACCCAGAGAGGGUAGCUCUUGAGAACUACUCCAUCCACACGGUGACAGGUCUGGUGAAACGCUGGCUCAGAGAGCUGCCUGAGCCCCUCCUUACCUUCAGCCUCUACAACGACUUCCUGCUCGCUGUGGAGUUGCCAGAGCAAUCUGAACAGCUGCGUGCGGUCUACCAGAAACUGGACGAGCUCCCCCCUGCUAACUUCAACACUCUGGAGAGGCUGGUCUUUCACCUGGUCAGAGUGGCAAAGGAGGAAGAGCACAACCGGAUGUCUGCUAACUCCCUGGCCAUAGUGUUUGCCCCCUGCAUCCUGCGAACCCCUGACACCACAGACCCUUUCCUCGGCAUGAAGGACAUCUCCAAGAUAACCAUGUGUGUGGAGAUCCUGAUCUCAGAACAGUUUAGACGGUACACUGAGAAGAUGCAGGAGAUCACAGAGCUGGAGUUCGCUGAGGCCCUGGCCGUCAACCAGCUGAAGCUCAAGAGACAGAACACUAUCUUAGAGAAACCUUCAUCAGAGCUGGACGUACCUCAAAUGGACAAUCUUAACCCGUCGGAGUCAGAGAGGACCCUCAUCGAGAGGAUCAAAUCCAUCAAACAGGAGAAGGAGGAGCUGGCGUGCAGGUUGCCAGAGAUGGAGCAGGAGAACUUUGACGACUCAGAGUCCAGAUUGUCGUUGUCUGUCAGCUCAGAGAGCCUGUGUGUAGGAUAGAGUGAGGAGCCUAGACACAGAAGGCAGAGUGAACCUGUUGUGGAGGAGCCAGAGGCAGGAGUGCCCUCCUAAGCCUGCUGACCUGGCCCAAAGAACUACAGCUACAGGCCCCAGAGACCAACCAGAUGGACAGAACCCCCAGCCCAAUACCAAGGCAAGGAGCAGGUACUUCUCAGACCUGGACGGCCCCUUCAUAGAUGAGGAGGACUAGCCUGGGUGCCAGUCUGUUUUUGCUCCAUAUUGAAUUGUCAUUCCAAACAUGGCUUGACAAUGACAGCAGUGGAGUUGGAAAGAGCACAAACAGAUCUGGGACCAGGCUAGAGGACAUCUAUUAUGGGGCCAUAUUGUCCUCCGACAGGUGGCAUCACUACUACACAACCCUAGUCCUUCGACUGAUAGAGCGGAUGUAAGACAUUGAGCCAAGGCACAACACAGAAGCAAUAGAAAUAGUAUUAUACAGUCUAUACGUACAGUGCCUGCAGAAAGUAUUUACACACCUUUACUUUUUCCACAUUUUGUUCUGUUACAGCCUGAAUUUAAAAUGGAUUAAA